CAUUCCAGUAAAUAAAAUAAAACCAGUUGUCAGUUCAUUUCAUUCAUUUGUCGAAAAAAAAAAUUAUUUGGCAAAACAUUUGUUGUUUGUGUGUCUUUUAAUAAUAAAAUACAAAUAAAAGAUUGCUGGUAUUAUUUGAGAGCAUUAAUUAAUAAAAAUAAAAAAUUAAUUAAGUGUUAAUUAAUUAAGAAAAAUGUCGUCUAUUGUUAGCACGACUGUAUCAACUGAAUUGAGUUCAUACAGAGAUCAACAUUUUAAAGGUUCAAGAGCAGAACAAGAUAGACUUUUGAGAAAUUCAACAACUUUGUAUGUUGGAAAUUUGUCAUUUUAUACAACAGAAGAACAAAUAUAUGAAUUAUUUUCAAAAUGUGGUGACAUUAAAAGAAUAAUAAUGGGUCUAGAUAAAUAUAAAAAAACUCCAUGUGGUUUUUGUUUUAUGGAAUAUUAUACAAGAGCUGAUGCUGAAAAUUGUAUGAGAUAUGUAAAUGGUACAAGACUUGAUGAUAGAAUUGUUCGUACUGAUUGGGAUGCUGGUUUUAUUGAAGGUCGUCAAUAUGGACGUGGUAAAACUGGUGGACAAGUACGUGAUGAAUACAGAUCUGACUUUGAUAGUGGACGAGGUGGAUAUGGAAAAAUAAUUCAACAAAAAGUUACACCUGAGGAAAGCUGUUCUUGAUCUACGAUAGACUGAAAAAGUCCAAACCGGAUUUCUAGUCUCGUGUGAUUCAAUUCGGACUGAUGAUGGAUAAAAUU